CAGUCCAUCAUCAAGCUAUAACCGCUAUCACAACACAUCGUCCAAUGCUCUAUCACAGUGCAUUGGCCAGUUUUGAGCACCAAAUGUAACAUGGGAUCAGAUCACUAGGCUCUCUGUGUGCUGCUUUCUUUUGGUUGUCAACAGCAACGGGCAAUCAAGCUUGUACUUGGCUUACAAUGCAGCCUGUAGCUGUCAGCGCAAAAUCUGAUAGGCAAAUGGUAGUUCAUGUUUACUCCUGCUGUUAGUUGAUGUAGACCUUUUACGUCUCUGUCUGCCUGUGUAAAUUUCCUUCCUUCUGGCCACUAUAUCACAUGUAUGUAAUAACAGGGAGUCUGUUACCAUUGUGUAUGGUCUCUUUCAAAAUGUUUGAUUCUGCCUCUUUCAUUUUACCCACUUCACACUACAAAAAACACAUGCUUUUUUGUAGUGUCUUGUGACUUCAGUGGAGGGCCUGUAAUUUACGCUUCCAUUCAGGAAACAGCAGUGGCGUCACAAAGCCUCUCAGAGGAGCUUACUGGCCCGGCAAGCAGCCUUGGGGUUUCAGGUGUUAAUUACCUCUGCCUCUUUCUCAUACAAGUCCUCUUCAACUAUAUAUAAACACGGACCCUCUAUUGCUUAAAGAGGCCCCUGCACACACUAACCCACGUCAGAGCAUGCAAUGCCGAAUAGCCCCUCUGCUAUUUUUAACUCCCUUGCUCCGAGCCGAAGACCCAAAAGGAUACAUCAAAUAAAUUCAGUGUGUGGGUUAGGAUCAGGGAAGAGACACAGGGGCCAUUAACAGCCUUCAUCACAGUCUGGCCACGGGACUGCGUGGGCAGUUCUUCUGUUCUAAUGACGCAAUUAGCCUUUUUAUGUACAUCAUUUCAAGCUGAUUUCUGCCAACUGAGAGCCAUAGUGUUAGUCUGUUUAUAAAAGCUGCUUCAUCUAAUAAGGAAAUCCUUAUUAGAUGAAGCAAUGCACAUUAACCAACAGUUGUAUAGAUGAAGAUGAAACAUUGAUUGUGUGUUUUCUUUUUGCAUUUUGUUAUCCACUUGCUUCUGUAUGCCAGAAUGAUUCAUUCUGUGAUGCUCAUCAGGGUUUUGCUUCAUGCAUUCGCCUCCUCCCACAUUUCCAAAUGUCACUUCUGUUUGCCUUUUAGUUGAGUUGCUGUAGUUUUUAUUAAUGAGUUGUUUGUAGGAAAGACAUUCUGCAGUCUAAGCAACCGUAUGUUCAUUAUUUACUCAUACAUCUCAAGAACAGUGUUGAAGAUCAGCAAAUUCAGAGCACUGGACAAUGAAAGGCCAACAGAAUGCCAGAGGAUAUGCUACUUCAUCAGGCAUUGGAUCCAGGAAUUCUGGGUGAUGUUCCGGUUGCACCACAGCUUGUCAGACAGCCUGGACCAGUUCCGGGAGCUGAUCAGAGAGCAGGGACAGGAGCAUCUUUGCGCUCUUCUAGAGACCAAAUGGAUAAAUGAACGGGACUGGUCGUGGAAAGCCAGCCAGAAGAUCAAAGCUAACAGCAGUAAAAAGAGGAAGGUUUCUCUUCUUUUUGAUCACCUGGAGCCCAUUGAGUUGGCUGAGCAUCUCACCUACCUGGAGUUUAAAUCUUUUUGCAGGAUAUCAUUUGUAGACUAUCAGAAUUACAUUUGCAACUGCUGCAUGAAGGACAUCCCCGUACUGGAGCGUUCUAUUGCCCUGUGUAAUGGUAUCUCCCAGUGGGUGCAGCUGAUGGUGCUGAGCCGGCCAACAGCUCAGCUGAGAGCUGAGGUUUUCACCAAGUUUAUCCACGUGGCACAGAGUCUACAUCUUAUGCACAACUACAACACACUAAUGGCGGUGGUAGGAGGCCUUUGUCACAGCUCCAUCUCCAGACUGAAAGACACCACCUCACAUGUACCUAGUGAGGUCACCAAGGUCCUGAAUGAGAUGACCGACCUGUUGUCCUCAUGCAGAAACUAUGACAACUAUAGACAAGCUUACAACAAAUGUACAGGUUUUAAAAUCCCCAUCCUGGGCGUCCACCUCAAAGACCUGAUUUCAGUCAAUGAGGCUAUGUCAGACUACGUGGAGGACAACAAGGUCAAUGUCCAGAAGCUCCAGGCACUCUACAGCCACAUUAAUGAGCUGAUCCAGCUCCAGCAGAUCCCACCCAGGCUGGAUGCUAACAAGGACCUUGUCCAUCUGUUGACGCUGUCCCUGGACCUUUACUACAGCGAGGAUGAGAUCUAUGAACUGUCUUACGCCAGAGAACCCAAGAACUGUAAAGCACCUCCAGCCACCCCCUCUAGACCUCCAGUGGUUGUGGACUGGGCAUCAGGAGUGGCUCCUAAACCUGACCCCCGAACCAUCAGCAAACAUGUGCAGAGAAUGGUGGAUUCCGUGUUUAAGAACUACGAUCACGACGAGAAUGGCUUUAUUUCUCAAGAGGACUUUGAGAAAAUUGCUGCUAGCUUUCCUUUUUCCUUCUGUGUCAUGGACAAAGAGAAGGAAGGCCUUGUCAGCAGAGAAGAGAUCACAGCCUAUUUCAUGCGGGCCAGUGUCAUCUGCUCCAAACUGGGGCUUGGGUUUGUCCACAACUUCCAGGAGACCACUUACAUGAAACCCACCUUCUGUGACAACUGCUCAGGAUUUUUGUGGGGUGUCAUCAAGCAAGGUUACAGAUGCAAAGACUGCGGAAUGAACUGCCACAAGCUGUGCAAGGACCAGGUGGCGUUUGAGUGCAAGAAGAACACCAAAGUAGCCAAUGCCAUUGACAGUCCAACACCGAGCUCCACGCCCGUCACCAUGGGCACCUCAGAGGGUUCAGAAGCAUGUCCUUUUCCCUACCCAUCAGAUGACACCAAAGACUGGAGCCCAGACUCCCCAGUCAUCUGCCCUUCGAGACCCCGGAGGGUCCAUAGUGGCACCCAGACAGAGGGACCCCAAUUAUUCUCUUCAGCCCUUGAAGCCAGUCGCCCUCCACCUUCUCUGUUAGUCCCAGCAGCACCCACCCUCACCUCGUGUCCCAGCCCAGUGCCCCAGAGAAAACAGCGACACUGUGCCAAGUGGGAAAACAGAUCUUCUGUUGUGCAGAAGCCUAAAGAACCAGAGGAAGAAAGCAAACCCACCUAUGAAUCUCUGCAGUCAGACAACCUGAGGCUGCAGAAAGUCAACGAAACACUACGGAGGAAGCUGAGGGAGACAGAGCGGGAGGUGGAGAUAUUAAAGACACUGCUGAAAAGGCACGCUCUCCACCCCGUGGAGGAGGACUCCUCAUCCUAGACUUGUACAUACAGCAUACUGAACCUUCUCCAGCGAGACUGCUGCUGCCCCCGCAUGGCAGCAUGCAUAAAUCUGGAUCCAGUAUUUAACUUAUUGGUCAUGAAGAGUGCAAGUAAUUUAUCAUUGGGUACAAUGAGACCCGGCAACCUGGCAUCACAUGAUAUAAAGUGGGAUACAAUGCACAUAACCAGUCGAGGUGUUGUAAUGCUGUAAUGGUCAACAGCCAAUCAAAAAAAAAAAGCCAAUCAGUAGGUCAUCACUAAUGAGGUUAAGGACAUUUUUAAGGAGUAUAUGGAUUUUUUGAAAG